AAACUUUUUCUUUUUCUAAAUCUGUUCCCAUCCCGCUUUGGACCCGUGGUCACCCAGGUGAGGAUUGAGGAACACCAAAAUCCCGCCCCUUAAUUUUAAGCACAAAACAGAACGAACGCCUGAAUCUCGCCCAUUUAACCCACCAUCACCAUGAGCUGAAUAAGCUGAUCACACGAGGAUAAAACUUCCGCUCUAACUGAACCCUAGUUCGUAUUAUUUGGGGAAAAAGAAUCACCGAUUAGGCAGUAUAGGCAUUGAUCGAACAACAGGAGAAUACUACAGAAUUUAUCUGAAGUCGUUGACUAGAAUGAGAACAAAAAAGGAGCUUGUAGAGAGUGGUGAGAGUCCGGCGGAGACAAAGACCAAAACACUUCGAAAACCCAAAGAAAGCGCUCUUAAACAAAAAUCUCCGGCUGAGUUCUUUGCUGAGAACAAGAACAUAGCUGGUUUUGACAAUCCAGGGAAGUCACUUUAUACUACAGUGAGAGAGCUGGUUGAAAAUGCUCUUGAUUCUGCUGAAUCGAUAUCAGAACUUCCGGCUGUUGAGAUAACAAUUGAGGAGGUCGGAAGGUCAAAGUUUAAUACUUUGAUUGGCCUGGCUGAUCAUCAGAGGGUAGAUGCUGAACUAUAUGAUGAUUAUGAGACCGAAAAGGCCCGAGAGAAAAGACUUGCAAAGGAAGCUCGAAUUCAAGAGGUUCAAGCAAAGAGUGCUGCUUCUGGCAAGAAAAUAAAAGAAGCAACAGCUGCAAAAGCCAAUAAAAGUCGCGAGGCUUCAUAUUACCGUGUGACUUGCAAGGAUAAUGGAAAAGGAAUGCCACAUGAUGAUAUCCCUAACAUGUUUGGAAGAGUGUUGUCUGGGACAAAGUAUGGCUUGAAACAAACACGUGGAAAAUUUGGUCUUGGUGCAAAGAUGGCAUUAAUUUGGUCGAAGAUGAGUACAGGGCUCCCAAUUGAAAUCAUGUCAUCUAUGAAGGGGCAAAGUUAUACUUCAUUCUGUAGGCUGGACAUAGAUAUUCAUCGGAACGUUCCUCACAUUCAUGUACAUGAAAAACGCGAGAACAAAGAAAAGUGGCAUGGAGCAGAUAUCCAAAUAGUCAUUGAAGGGAAUUGGACAAAUUACCGUUCUAAAAUACUCCACUAUAUGCGUCAAAUGGCUGUUAUCACUCCAUACGCGCAGUUUAUUUUCAAAUUUAUAUCAGAGACUCCAGAAAAAAAUGUGACCAUUCGGUUUACGAGGAGAACAGAUGUAAUGCCUCCUGUUCCUCUUGAGACUAAAUACCAUCCAUCUGCUGUUGAUAUACUCCUUAUCAAGCGGCUAAUUGCUGAAACUUCAAAGCAGACGCUUCUACAAUUUCUUCAGCAUGAGUUUGUGAGCAUAGGGAAAUCCCAUGCAGAUCGUUUAAUCGGGGAGUUGGGCCCAGAUUUUAGCCCCAAAAUGCUGGUCAAAUCGUUAAGUUCACAACAGAUAGUUCGUAUCCACCAGCUGUUCCGUCAAGCCAAAUUCAAUGAUCCUAGUGGCGAAGUUCUUAGUCCUGCAGGUGAAUAUAACUUACGGCUGGGUAUUAUUAAGGAGCUGCAUCCAGAUAUGGUUGCUACAUAUUCGGGAAGUGCUCAAGUGUUCGAAGGACACCCUUUUAUUGUAGAAGCUGGAGUUAGUUUGGGCGGAAAAGAUGUGAAGCAUGGUCUAAAUAUCUUUCGAUUUGCGAACCGCAUUCCACUUCUAUUUGAGCAAGGAGCUGAUGUUGUCACUCGAACCGCGCUGAAGAGGAUCAACUGGAACAGUUACAAGAUCAAUCAGAUGCAAGACAGAAUUGGUAUCUACGUCAGCAUUGUAAGCACCAAAAUUCCUUUUAAGGGGACCGGGAAGGAAUACAUUGGAGAUGACAUAAGUGAGAUCGCUUCUGCUGUGAAGACAGCUAUUCAGCAGUGUUGCAUUCAGCUGAAAUCCAAAAUAGUAAAAAGAAAACAAGCUCAGGAGCAGCAGGAGAGAAAGCGAAAUUUGACCAAGUACAUUUCUUUUGCUACAGUUUCUAUAUUUGAUGUGCUUGAGAUUAUGUCUGACCAACAUGCAUCCAAGAAGAAGCGCUUUGAUGGCGGGAAUGCAGAUUUAUUGAAACAAGUUUCAUCUAAUUUAAUUACUGAAGAAACACUGAGACUGAAGCUUGCCCAGCAUGUUGAACAGGUUGACUAUGAGAUGGCGCUGGAAUAUGCCACACAGACUGGGGCAAAGGAAGAACCCAAAGAAGACAUUUACGUGCAAGCGUUGAAAAAUGAUGAUGAUACAAGGUUCACCGACUUUCAUAGCCCAGUCUUUGUCUUCAGACUAUUCCAUUAGGUGUGUACUCCUGACACACACUACAUAUAUUCUGUCUGUUUUAGAGUUGCAAUGAUACAGAAAGUUAUUCUUGGAGUUACAAUUUGAUUUCUACUGAAUAUAUAGUACAGGAUAUCCAAAGAACUAGAAUAGGUGACACACAUUGGUAUUACAAAGAAACAUCGUUCUCUCAAGUUACUACGUAUGUUUUAUUUAUGUAACACCAAAUAGUUAAGACUUGGAUGUUGUUCUUGUAACACCCAAUAGUACUCAAUAACUCAAUGUCGAGUAUACAGUUUCCCUUUCACAACCAGCAUAUGAAUAUCCCUGUUAUACUGCUCCGUAUGUUUUAUUGGAUGAUGGCUAACUUGAA